AUGAUCAGCACUGCAGAACUGAGGGAGGCCAUGAAGAAGCUCCUCGGACAACAGGUUGGACACAGAGACCUCGAGGAGAUUCUUCGAGACAUUGACCUCAACGGAGACGGACAAGUAGAUUUUGAAGAGUUUGUCCGUAUGAUGUCCCGGGGUCUUUUCUCAGUGAUCCUCAUGACCUGGACAGUGUGUACCUCUGAGCCUCUCUGCUGGGUGGUCCUGUCCCUGUCGUUAUGGUGGACUCUCCUGCUGGUCUUCAUCAUCGUCCCGUCGGUCGCUGGGAUCUCGUUCGGGAUCCGCUCGUUGUACAUGAGAGCUCUGUUACAGAUUUUUAAGUGGACCUCGUCACAGAUGGAGAUCAGAGCAAAGGAGAAGAAUGAGGAAUUAUACAAACCCUACAGCAACGGGAUAAUAGCAAAGCAGCCCUCCCUGUCCCUGAUGCAGCAGCAGCAGCAGUUGCGUUGCUGCAGCUCAGACUGUGCGUUCUCAGACGCCCUGUUCUUCAGCCGCAGAGCCGUGGAGAGCAUCGUGGACGAUGAAGUCACAAAGUGCUUCUCAGCUCAGGAGCUGGAGAACUGGAACCUGCUGACGAGGAGCAACUGUCGCUUCAGACACAUCAGUUUGAGGCUCACGGUUCUGUGGGGACUGGGCCUCCUGCUGCGGUACUGCCUCCUGCUGCCGCUCAGAGUCGCCCUGGCCGUCUCUGGUGUCCCUCUGCUCCUGGUGCUGACCCCCCUGGUUUCAUGUUUACCAGAUGGAGCACUUCAUUCUGGGCUCAGUGAGAAGGUGCACAUUGUGUGUUACGGCGUCUUUGUGAGAGCUUUGACGGCGAUCAUCACUUAUCAUCAUCAGGAGAACAAGCCUCGGGACGGUGGCAUCUGUGUAGCCAAUCACACGACACCGAUUGACAUCAUCAUCUUGGCCAACGACGGCUGCUACUCGCUGGUGGGACAGGUGCACGGCGGGUUGAUGGGACUUCUUCAGAGAGCUCUGGUUAAAGCCUCCUCUCACAUCUGGUUUGAACGAUCUGAAGCCAAAGACCGACAUCUAGUGGCCAAAAGACUCGGGGACCAUGUUGCAGACAAGAACAAACCUCCGAUUCUCAUUUUUCCAGAAGGGACCUGCAUCAACAACACCUCAGUGAUGAUGUUCAAGAAAGGCAGUUUUGAGGUCGGCUGCAGCGUGUACCCCGUGGCCAUCAAGUACGACCCACGCUUCGGAGACGCCUUCUGGAACAGCAGCAAGUGUGGGAUCAUCAGCUACCUGCUCUGGACCAUGAGCAGCUGGGCCAUCGUCUGCAGCGUGUGGUACCUGCCCCCCAUGAAGAGAGAGGACGGGGAGAGCGCCGUGGACUUCUCAAACCGGGUGAAGUCGGCCAUCGCGGCUCAGGGUGGCCUCGUGGACCUGGUCUGGGAUGGAGCAUUAAAGCGAUCGAAAGUGAAGGAUGAUUUAAAGAAGGAGCAACAAAAACUUUACAGCAAAGUCCUCAUGUUCGAUCGAGACUUGAGAAACAGAAACAACAUUUAG